AAUGCGCGUAAUAGGAAGUCAAAGUCUUGUUUGGCAUUGCCCAUCGUCCGGUUUCUUUUUCUUAUGCAAACUUUCUGUUAAGUAAUCCCCACAAACCUAGUGUGUAAACUUGUGUAUUUCUGGUGUUUCAUGGAUGGUUUUAUGAAAGAGAGCCUAUUAAAAUGGAUUUCAUUAAUAACUGAGAGGAAUGUUAACCUCAUAGAUGGCGAAAUCCUCAACAAUCUAAUAGACCUUUCAGGUGCUUUUCCAGCAGUUACUACCUCAGAAUGUUUCAAGGAUCGAAUUGGUUCAUUUUUGGAUGCAACUUUUCAUCCUGGAGUUUCUAAUUUAUUUGACAUCGAAGGGGUGAUUUCUGGAAAGGCUAACGAUGUGGAAUUGUUCGGGUUAUGCCUAACCGUUUUAUUGGGAUGUCUUCAAUGUCCCUCCAAACAGUCGUUCAUGGAUCCUGCUUUGGAUUUGAGUUUGGAUAUGCAAACUGCCAUAUUUCAUUUGAUUCAAGUUCCUAUGACCCAGUUAUCCCUCAGUCAUGAGUUCACUCGGGAUCUGGUCACAAGCAGAAUUCUCGAUUCAUCACAUCUUAUCCACACUGAUAACUUGCCACCUCUUCAUCAAACCAUUACUUGUAAAAUAGAAGAAGAAGUCUCAGAACCAUCAUCUAGGCCACCAUCUUCAACAGACACGUGUAACGGACAAAAAGUGAUUUGUAAUGACAAUAGAAAUUAUAGUCUUUCGGUGAACACAUUGGGAUCUGAAUUCACUCGCCCUAAUUCGCCUACAGAAUAUGCUAAUAGACAUACAAACAAGCUAAAGAAUGGUAUUGAUCACAGACCCAAUAAUCUUUCAUUGUGUAACACUCCUGAUCGAAGUCUGUGUAUUGCAUCCAGAUUGAAUUUAACCGAUAAUUCGGAGCAUAAUGCGAAUCAUACUCAUCAUGCGCCUCCACCUCUAGCCUCGCCUCUCACAUCCCUAAAGUUCCUCCUAGAUUCUCCAUCAUUGACACACAAGACACAAUUUCGGGAAUCAGAACGUGAAAAGCGUCGUUUAGCAGUGGAACUUGAAAAGGAACGAAUUUGUAGAGAUGAAGCGGAGAGUUUAGUUUCUGGAUUACGAAAACAGCUUGAAGAAGCCACUGUUCGAGCAACUGAAUCAGAAUCACGGGCUCUCCGUUUAUCUCGUGAACUAACAGCCCUUCAUGAUCAGGGAGAUGAAUUAGCACACUGUCGUAAUGAAUUGGCUUUGCGAGAGGAAGAAAUUAAGAAUUUGAAACUACGCGUUAUGGGCUUUCAAGACUUAAUGGCUCAUACACGAAAGUUGGAAAUGGAAAAAAUUGAUUUACAGCAAGAAUGUGAAGAUCUUCGUCUGAAAGUAGAUCAACAGCUUUCUCAAUUAAGAGAGUUCAAGGAAAGACGUAUUAAAUGUAGUGAAAUUGAAGAACUCAAGUCAAAAUUACGUGAUGUUGAAGCUCAAUUGUUGCAACAGCUACGUGAACGUGAAAUGAUCGAAAAGGAUAUAAGACAACAACAUGAAAUGUCAACACAGCUUAAACUGCAAUAUUCCAUAAAAAAUCUUCAACCCAAUAAUAAAUCAUUAGAUAUUCAUCAAUCUAAGUCUAAUAUAGAAGAAAUUGAAUGUAGUGAACAAGGAAAUAAAGUUGUUGAUCAGCAUCCCAUUUUGAAUAAUUCAUGUCAAGAUUUGUCUAUUUUGAAACCCGGUGAAAAUUUGGGAACAGUAUUAGAGGAUGAUUUGAAAUCUGCCCGUUUAUUCAUAUCGAAACUACAAUCACAAUUCGAUGAAGAACUUGGUUCAGCUAGACAACUGCUUGAGGAAAAAACUAAGCGUUUGUAUGAGCUUGAACAAAUGAUCAGUAAUAGGCUAUCAAUAACUGAGACUACUGAUGUCACUACUCAAACUGAAAUGUCUUGUACAACAAGAACGACAACAACUAGUCCUAGUGAAUUAUUAUCGCCGGAAUUAUUGCCCGCCUUAACGGUUGAUGCGUAUAGUGCAGCAGCAGCAGCAGAUCGAAGAGGUCUUUCGAACGAAUUAGUUCGUUUACAUGAAGAAAUAGCUCAAUCAAAAAGUUAUGCUUGUGAAUUGGAACAACGGUUAACUGAAAUGGAAGGUGAAUUACACUGUACAAAAGAAAAAUUAAUCUAUCAAACUACUUUAAGUAACAGAAAUCAAGAAAAUUGGAUUAUGAUAGAACAAGAAUAUCGUGAAUUACAGCGUCAGCAUAGAAUAUUACAAAACAAUUUAUUGUUAAGUGAAGAAGAACGUUCUCGUGGCGGCGAAAUGAUGAUUGCAGAAAAUAAUGCUGAAUUUGAAGCAGCACGUGCAAAUUAUGAGAAAGAAAUUGGCUUAUUGAAUCAACAAUUAUUAGAGACAACAUUUGAAUGUCGCCGUCUAGAAGCAGAACGUGCUCGUGUAGCUGAACGUAAUUCUGAUUUACAACGUGAACUAGAAACGACUAGAAUUUUGGUAGAUUCAUUAAAACAAAAUUCGGAAUGCAAACCAGUUGAAUAUUCGAAUCAUAUUAGAAAAAGUGCACCGAUUAUCUCAUCAAAUCUACGUUUACCCUCUUCAAUGCCCAAUGGUGAUAAUAAUAAUAAUAAUGGUAUUUGUAAUAGUAAUGGCUUGUAUUCAAAGGGAUAUAAAGUCAAUCAAAGAUGUCUUAGCGAUUCACUUGAAGAUUGGGAGGAUAGCGAUCAUGAUCACGUUGAUCUUAAUGUUUCACCAUCACAUCAAAUUCGAUCAUCAGUAUAUCCACAUGAAGUUAAGAGUAAAUUAAAUCAUCACUAUAAUCGUGAUUAUUCGUGCAUUGUAAAUAGUCGCUUAAACGAUGAGUCCCGUAAGCCAGAAUAUAAUUAUCCUAAUAAUGAUGAGUCAAGAUAUUUAAAGAGUAAAAAACGUCAUUCAAAAUUACGUACAGAUUCAAAACAGUUAGAUCGACUUGCUUCUAAAACACAAGAAUUGGAAGAGUUUGCUAUUCGAUUGCGUGAACAAUUUAAUGAGGUAAAACUUAGUAUUUUAUUUCUAGUUACCCUAAUUUUUUCAUAUUCUAAUGUUCUAUGACAAUAACUGUGAUUAGCGAUUAGAAACUUUAUGGGACACGUCUCGUCGGUCACCAUGGUUCAAAUGCAUUGACACUUGACUUUCUUCUAGAUAUUAUGCUUCAAUAUUACUUAAUACUUUUUAUUCCAUCAAUUCCAUUCUUCCCGAAUCUCUGCCUAAACCUAAUCUUUUCUAAAAUCACUGAUGCUACUAUUUCUACUACUCUGAUAUUUGUCUUGAUAACGUUCAGCUCGUUGUGCUGAUAUGGUGCGGCAGCUUAAACUGACCCAUAUAUGUGCCACGUUCUAAAACUCCUGGCUGACUAAACGAAUCUCUCAUCUUGUUACCUCUUUUCAGUUAGUUUCAUUGAUGAGUAAUAUACUUGACAUGUAUGAAAGAGUACUGAUUAAAAGAAAUCACUGUUUCGUAAUUUCUUCAACUUGAUCUAUUCUCUUUUCACAAGUUUUUGUUUGCUGUACACAUGCAAUCAGUUUCUCAGUGUUUGUUUCGUUUAUAUGGUAGGGAUUUCUUUCCCUUUGUUUUAUGAACAUGUUUAACACACUAUAUUUAUGUUAAAUUAAAUAGUAUUUCUUAAUUUGAUAUUGUACAGAUCUUAUCAGAGGAAGAGGAGAAUUCUGAAGUACGUGUGAGAAAUGUGAUUCCCCAACUCUUCUGUAUACGUAUAUUAUAUACAUGCAUGUAAUCAACGUAUAAUUAGCGUAGGCUUUUCAGCUCUUAGCUUAUAUCAUACUUCCUAUUUUAACGAAAAUAUGAAGAUAGCUUUCCACUCUAGAAUUGCAUGCUAAUGUUGACAUCUUUUUCAUAUUUAAGAUGCAUGACUUUUAUAUAUUAGACAUCAUUGUUCUUAAAGCUUACUAGGUAAGGCGAACAAAGUAUACGGUAAGUUAUGUAAUUCAUGGAUCUAUUAUUUUAAGUUCUAUGUCACUCAUUAUCAGAAAGGUGGUUUGUUUAAGUCAUGUAUUAAUUCAUAUACAUCAAAGCUCCGUCUCUCGUAUUGUUAACUGUCAUCAUUCAUUAUUUUGUAUUUAGUUAGUGCUUGAUCAUGUUUUUAUAAUGCUCACUUUCUUUCAAGUUGUGUAUUUAACUCAUCGCUUAUUGGUUUGUGUAAUUGUUUGCGAGUCACACUAAAUGUUAAUUACGAGUAGAUACUUGGUUGUCCAAACCAACUUAAGUGUUGCAGGAUGUGAACCUGCAACUUAGUGACUACAAGUCGACUGCUUUAACAACUGGGCUAUCGGUUUACUUUCAUUUACUUCUAAUUUAAAUUCGAUAAGUUUCAAAGUUUCUCACAGUUCUUCUGUAUAAUAUCACAUCAAAUGAAAAUGAAGUUCAGUAAAUUUAUUCACUAAAAUCUCGUUUUUCCUACAUUUCUUUUAUCGGUCAUCUUUCACUAGCAUCAAUCCUCCACACAAGUUAAUUCUUCAUCUGUAAACGUGUAUCCCUAUCUCACGGAUGUUCAUAAUAAUCAACAUGCUCUGAAAAAUACUCCUUUAGUGAUACCAAAGAAUCAAUGUCAGUUAAAUGGUUUUAAUUACGAGCUUGUUGAUGAAGAUGGUGUUGAUGUUGAACAAAGGGAGCAAGAUACCGAUGCUGAUUCUUCAGCGUACACAGAUUUAAGUCAAGUUUCUCCGGUAUCUCAACCUGCUGAUUCAGGAUGCCAGAAUACUAAGCUAACAACAAAUAAUUUGCAAACUAACACAUCACAUAAUGGUCAAUCGAUGCUUCAACAUCACUCGCAAUCUGUCGGGUUUAUGCCAUCAGUCUCGAAGAAUAUAAGGAGUAGUUCCCCCUUAUCUUCUGGUAUUUAUUAUUAUUAUAUCUUGUUUAUAUUUUGCUUUAAAAUUUCUGUACAUUUUGUUCAUUUCUUUUCAUUGAUCUUUAGUUUCUUUUUUACAGUGAUUACAUACUAUCAAUUGUAUCAUUCUGUUAUUCAGUUCUAUUUGAGUUCACUUAUUUGUUACUCUGACUUUUAAGAUAAAUAAUCUUACUAUGAUACUAGGUUGGUGGAAUUUAUUGGGUUAGGGAAUCAGCUUUGUAAUAUUGUUGUUUUGAUAACCUUAACCUCCCGGUGAGAAGUUGAUAUUUUUUUCUGAGAAUAUCUCGUUGAAUUUCUGGGUUCAACGCUUGAUGAUGAGUGUACUAAUAUCUUCAGGGCGAUAGUUUUUUACGAUUUCAGAUGUAUCCAGCCGUUAAUAAUCCGAUCCAAGGCGUAAAUAGGUACAUCAACUGCGGAAAGUUAAGGGUAUCCAAAAAAGCCACAAAUAAGUAAAUAAAACAUUCGGUAAGAAAUAUCAACUAUAUGUAAGUGACAUUCAUAUCACAUUCUUGUCUAGUCGAGCGUAUUUUGCGGAUCUAACUGUAUGCUGUUCUAGUAUAGGAGAUAGUAAUAAUCACCCUUAUUGGGUUUCCAGCCACAAUUUUCAUUGUGAGAGCUGUUAAUAUAAUCUAGAUACUCAAAAUUAAGUAAAGAUCCGUUUUAGCAUGUAACUCAGAUGGUUGAGAACCACUGUCUUCAUUAUUAAUUUACUACAUGCUAUAUUUAUAUAGUCGUACAUUUUUCCUGUUAGUGUUCAAAACGAUCAUUAAAGCUUCUCAAUUAUAAGCCAACUUAGCUGUUAGAAAAUAUAGAACACCAAUUUAAUGCUUUAUAUAGUAUCCUAAUCUUAAUAACAGUCUCGAUUUAUAGCUCUAUCAAAAAUCUAUGUUUAUACAUUGUAUUCCUUAUGAAAUAGUCGAAUUGAAUUAGUCGUAUAUAAUAAUAAUACUACUACUAAUAAUAAAGUCCUCUUAAUUAAGUAAUAUGAUCGAUUCACAUACAACACACAUAGAACAAACAAUUCAAUCUACUGUAAUGCACAAAUUUAUUAUUAUCAUCAUUAUUACAUUUUUAAGAAAACAUGUCAUCUGUUUUAACUGUCAUUUCUUUAUCCAUGUAUCAUUGGAUGAUGAUUAUCAAGACGUUUUCAUAG